AUGGCUACCCUCCAUCAACUAAGACCCGUCAGCCCUGGCGCCAGCUCCGGCAACGGCGACAUCGAGAAGUCCUCGACCGUGCUUGAGAAGAGGGCGUCAGCCGACGGCAGCAGUCUCCCCGCUUCAGUACUUUCCUUUCGAGCACCUCUCGACACCGUUACUGAGCGCAACUUGCUUCGCAAGAUUGACCUACAUGUUUACCCGAUCCUAUUUGUCAUCUACAUGCUCUCUUUUCUCGAUCGCAUCAACAUCAGCAAUGCUCGGAUCCAGGGGCUCACAGAGGAUUUGGACAUGCAUGGCAAUGACUUCAACAUUGCCCUCUUCGUCUAUUUCAUCCCGUACAUCCUGCUGGAGAUCCCCAGCAACAUGAUCAUUCGCAAGUUCCGGCCAUCGACAUACAUCUCCACCCUCAUGAUGAGCUGGGGCAUCGUCAACAUGUGCAUGGGCUUUGUAAAGACAUAUGAGGCGCUUGUCGCUCUGCGGUUCCUUCUCGGCGUGUUUGAGGCCGGGCUCAUGCCGGGAAUCGUGUACCUGACGUCCAUGUACUACAAGCGGCACGAGUUCCAGACGCGGAUGAGCAUCUUCUUCUGCUCGACACUUGUCGGCGGAGCGUUUGGUGGCCUCCUUGCAUACUCCAUCUCCAAGCUAGGCGGCACAGCCGGCCUCGCCGCCUGGCAAUGGAUCUUCAUCCUCGAGGGCCUCGCCACCGUUGUCGUCUCACUAGCCGCAUACUUCCUCGUCGUCGACUGGCCAGAGGAAUGCCGCUUCCUCACCCCGUACGAGCUCGCCCUCCUCAAACAGCGCCUCGAAGAUGACAACCCCUCCUACUCCUGCUCUGCUACCACACAGACCUCAGCAGCAACGGCACCAUCCUCGUCCACGCGGAUGGACACGCUCAACCGCUUCACCGUGCGCCUGAUCCUGCGCGACUGGAAGAUCUGGCUCGCGAGCGUCGCGUACAUGGGCAUCGGCACGACCGGCUACGCCGUGACCUUCUUUAUGCCCAGCAUCCUGCUCGAGUUUGGCUGGGCCGCCGAGCUCGCGCAGCUCUACACGAUCCCCGUGUACGCCGCGUCGGCCGCGUGCAUGGUCGGCGCGGCCGUGAUCUCGGACCGGCUGGGCCACCGGUACGGGUUCAUCCUGGCGGGCGCCCUGGCGUCUACGGUCGGGUACGUCAUCCUGCUUGCCCAGGACGGCGGCAGCAGCAGCAGCAGCAGCCACGCCGGCGACGCCGAAGGCACCGCCCUCCCGCGCGGAGUCAAGUACGCGGCCGUCUUCCUCGUCGCGGUCGGUGGGUACACGGGCACGCCCAUGUGCCUGGCCUGGCUGUCUAACAACGUCUCUGGCCACUGGAAGCGCGCCUUCAGCUCGGGCAUCCAGGUCACCGUCGGGAACCUCGCCGGGGUCAUCGGCGCCAACAUCUUCCUCGCCGCCGAGAGCCCCAGGUACCCCACGGGCUACGGCACCGCGCUGGGCAUGACGUGGAUCGGAGUCGCUGCCGCCUCGGCGCUGUUCUGCGGGCUGCUGGUCGAGAACAGGAAGCGGAGCCGGGGCAAGAGAGAUCACCGCCUGGAGGGGCGCACCGAGGAGGAGCUGCAGAACAUGGGGGAUUGGCACCCCUUGUUCCGGUUCACGCUGUAG